GAUGACGUCACCAUAAUUGGGAUUUGUGAUUCUGGGAAAGGUGUGGAUUUUUUCUGAUUGUUAUUGUUUUCGUUAUUUCCAAUUACCUCCAACAUUUUUUCUUUCGUCGCACUACCUUUGUAUAAAUCAUCGACAAUGUCGUGCAACUAUUUUGUGUGAUUUCCGCACUACGGAAGUCGUUUCGCGUACCCACAAUGCACGAGCACCGCGACACCGUCGUGUGAUACCAUAUUGUUGGCCUCACAGGCAGAAAUAUCAUAGCGUCUUAGUAGCACUACCGACUGUACCCAGUUUAUGUGUUAUACAUAGUAUUAUUGUUAGUUCUAAUUGUUAUUAGUGUUUAUUGUAUUUUAUCAAGUAUACGUCCUCAUGUUGAAUAUGGCGCAUAACCUGGCUCCAAGUGUCAACUGUUCACUUGACGACAUCGAUCUCAACGCUCUCAAAGAUCCUGCAGGAAUUUUUGAAUUGAUUGAAGUAGUCGGCAAUGGAACUUAUGGACAAGUGUAUAAGGGCCGACAUACCAAAACCGGCCAGUUGGCUGCGAUUAAAGUUAUGGAUGUUACAGAGGAAGAAGAAGAGGAAAUAAAAUUAGAGAUAAACGUUUUAAAAAAAUAUUCAAAUCAUCGGAAUAUUGCCACAUAUUAUGGUGCAUUUAUAAAGAAGAGUCCUCCGGGCAAAGAUGAUCAGUUAUGGCUUGUAAUGGAGUACUGUGGAGCUGGAUCUGUCACUGAUUUAGUAAAGUCUACUAAAGGCCAAUCGCUUAAAGAAGAGUGGAUUGCUUAUAUUUGCCGAGAAAUUUUACGGGGCCUUAGCUAUUUACACUCCAAUAAAGUCAUUCAUCGUGACAUCAAGGGUCAGAAUGUAUUGUUAACAGAUAAUGCUGAAGUUAAACUUGUUGACUUUGGUGUCAGUGCUCAGUUGGAUCGUACGAUUGGACGCCGUAAUACAUUUAUUGGUACACCUUACUGGAUGGCUCCAGAAGUGAUUGCGUGUGAAGAAAAUCCAGAUGCCACUUACGAUAAUAGAAGCGAUUUGUGGAGUCUUGGUAUCACAGCUUUGGAAAUGGCUGAAUCUCAGCCUCCUUUAUGCGAUCUUCAUCCAAUGAGAGCUUUGUUUCUAAUUCCACGAAACUCUCCUCCUAGGCUAAAGUCGAAAAAGUGGGCCAAAAAAUUUCAUAGCUUUAUCGAAACAGUUCUUGUAAAAGAUUAUCAUCAAAGACCAUAUACUGAUCAACUACUUAAGCACCCAUAUAUUAGAGAUCAACCAACAGAACGCCAAGUUCGUAUUCAACUUAAAGACCAUAUUGAUCGAUGCAAAAAACGAAAGCAAGAAAAGUCCGAAAGGGAUGACUAUCGUUAUAGUGGUUCUGAAAAUGAAGAGGACGACGAUCACAAUGUUGCUGGUGAACAACAUUCGUCUAUAGUACAAGCUCCUGGAGAUAAUACUUUAAGACGUAAUUUCCAACAAAUUCAAGAAGGAAGAACUUUGACUCCUCACGGUAAAGACAAACAUGGUAAAGAAAGAGAAGAAAUCCCAGAACCCGGUCCUCCUGCUCGACCACCUAUAAUACCCCAUAGAUUAAUCGUUGUUCCAGAUCCUCACCCACCUUCUAGGCCACUUCCCCCACCUCCCCGUGACGACAGACAUUUUCAUCCUCAACAACAACCCCAGAGAAAUUCAAAUGUGUUCCAGCCAAUGGUACAUCAAAAUGGUGGUGCUAAAGUAGUACCGCAAGGGAUAAUCGAGUCUGAUUCUUCUGAUGACGAUGACGAUGAUGAUGAUGACGAUGAAGAUGUUGCUCAUCGACAAGAUGCUCGACGGGCUCCACCUAGAAGAAAACCAAAUGAUGGAACUUUACUAGCAAGUGAUCCACCUAAACCUCUGCCUGCAGAUAUUAACCCAAACGGAGUUAUGCAUUUAGAAGGAUCAUCGUCUAGCUCUAGUAAUGUUAUGGGGCCUGGAGGUGCACCAAAUCGACCAUUACCACCUACUCCCGACGAAGAAAAUGAAAACGGUGAUAGAACAUUAGUGCUGAGAAGGUUGCCGCAGCAAAAACCUGCUACAAGUGAAUGCAAAGUAGAUUCUGAUGAACAAAAAUUAUUAAAAGACUGGGACUUUGCACGAUUUUUCCAAAAGUCCAACAAUUCCACUGAUAAUGAUAGUCAACAAAAAGAACAACCAAUGUCCAUGCCUCGACGUACUCAACACAAACGUAAUGGUUCAGAAGUAUCUGCUUCUUCAAAAUUUAUACCGAAUGUGUUCAGAAGAGAGAAUACAGAUUUUUUUGUGCCAUCUUCACGGCAUUCGGCUGUAUUUCUUGAAGCUAAAAAAACAGAUGUCCAACAGAGACGCGGUUCGGAUGCUGGCAAAAAAUCUGUAGAAAGAUCUGAUUCAUUGAAAAAGCAAUGGAAACCGACUAGGCCUCGGCGAGAAAGAACUGACGGUGAUAUUGUUUUGCAAACUAGCCGGCAAAGGUUAACAAUUUCCAGACCAUCCUUAGAAAACAGACGUUUAGAAGUGGAUGCCAGGUUUUCACGUGGAACUGUUGAGAGUGGCAACAAGUUAAAUGAACAAGAUAACGGAUUUACCAAAGAAACAAAUCAGAAUCGUGAUGAACGCCGAAGUGACUUCCAUAGACAUGAUGUUUCUGGUGGAUCGAGUUCUAGAACAAGUUCAGUUUUACCAGAUCUACUUUCACAAGCGUCAUCCAGUCCUGGAACUCCAAGCCAAAGGCUAGAAAAAAGCAAUAGUGAAGAGUUUUCAAACACUUUGUCAAAUACCUAUUCAUUGCAACAGAAGCAACGUUCAUUCCUUGCAUUCGGCUUCGGAGCAGGCGGAACCGGCACAAGUACUAGCUCACAAGGCCCAGGUCGUCGUGAAUCUCAUGUAAAUGUUAAUGUUACACCAGUUGUUCACGAUUUAGCCUCCGAAACGCCAGAAAUACGUAAAUACAAGAAACGGUUCAAUUCUGAAAUCCUUUGUGCUGCAUUGUGGGGAGUGAACCUCUUAAUUGGUACGGAAACUGGUCUUAUGUUGCUGGACAGAAGUGGUCAAGGCAAAGUAUACCAAUUAAUAUCUAGAAGACGGUUUCAGCAAAUGGAAGUACUGGAAGGCCAAAAUAUUUUAGUUACUGUAUCUGGUAAAAAGAACCGUGUUCGAGUUUACUACUUGUCGUGGUUGAAAUCUAAGAUACUAAGAACAGACGGGCAAGUUGAAAGAAGAAACGGUUGGAUAAAUGUUGGCGAUUUGCAAGGAGCAGUCCACUUUUGUAUAGUCAAAUACGAACGUAUCAAAUUUCUGGUCAUAGCUCUUAAAGAUAGCAUUGAAAUAUAUGCUUGGGCGCCUAAACCAUACCAUAAGUUUAUGGCUUUUAAGUCAUUUGGCGACUUGGCGCAUCGACCUUUACUAGUCGAUUUAACCAUUGAAGAAGGUGCACGGUUAAAAGUAAUCUACGGUUCAGCUGAUGGAUUCCACGCUGUUGAUUUAGAUUCAGCAUCUGUGUACGACAUAUAUUUACCUAAACAUACUCAAGGAUCGAUUGCCCCACAUUGUAUUGUUGUGUUACCAAAUUCCAAUGGAUUACAAUUGUUGUUGUGUUAUGACAACGAAGGUGUCUAUGUAAAUACAUAUGGAAAGGUGUCUAAAAACAUACUAUUACAAUGGGGAGAGAUGCCAACUUCUGUUGCGUACAUAGGCACUGGCCAAAUAAUGGGCUGGGGUAACAAAGCAAUUGAAAUACGAAGUGUAGAAACGGGUCAUUUGGAUGGUGUGUUUAUGCAUAAGAAAGCACAAAGGCUGAAGUUCCUCUGCGAACGAAAUGAUAAGGUGUUCUUUUCGUCAGCUAAAGGUGGAUCGUGUUGCCAAAUAUAUUUUAUGACGCUCAACAAACCUGGUAUGGCCAACUGGUAAAUCAAUUACCAAAUGAACACAUAAUAAUUAAUAGAUGUACAUCAAGAAAUAUUGAUGUUCAAAAGAAAAAAAAUUUUAUUUAAAAAAAAACGCGAUGAACGAUAAUUAUUUAGAGCAUAGCUAUACUAUAUAGCUUACAUAUAUUACCAAUUUAUGUUUAUAAAACUUUAUAUAUAUAGAUAUAUCUAUAUGUCUUUAUAUAUAUAUAAAUAUAUAUAGAAAUAUAGAUGUAUACAUGAUAUAUAAUUAUUGCUUCAAACAAAAGACUUGACUACCAAGUAUGGUAAAUAAUAAUAUAUAAAUAUUAUAUAGCAAAUAUUUAUCUUAUACACUUGAAUGUUUUUUUAAAUAAUUUCCCAAGUAGUAGUAUAUUUUUUACAACUAAUUAAGUGCCUACGCACUCUUAUAUGAAAUAUUUUUUAUUUUUAUUUUAUCAAAAUACUAGAGGCCAUUUUACAAAAUUAAUAUAGUUCUCUAACAUUCACUGCUACGAGUAAUACUCAAAUAGGUUUCCAUGUUCAAAACCAAUUCAUAUGAACAAUAAGUUACAAAAGCAGUGUUCUGUUAGAAAACUAAUUAAUGUGUACUUCCUGUUUGUUUGUUUUUUAUUUUUUUUGAAAGCUCACAUGAAUUAUACUACAUAAUAUGUUAACUGGUAUAUUAUAGUUUUUAUCAAAUAUUAUUAUUACUCUUUAUAUUAUUUAUUUAUUAUAAUUUUGUUAUUAGAAUAAAUCGCAUUUCGCGAAUAAACAAAAUAUUAUUAGCUCAUAACUUUAAUAUAAAACAACUUUUUAUAUGUUUUAUAAGUCGAAAAUUAUGGCAAAACUAUUGAACAAAAGCACUACUUGAACUUUUAUUAUUAUCUUAAAUUUUUUUUUACUAAAAUUAAUGUUAGUAAUUUUCUAUGAAAUUAUGUGCAUUAGACUAUUUUUUUAGUGUUUAUAUAUCUUUGUUAUAUAAUAAAAAUAAACAAAUGCUAAAUUAAUUAGAAAAAUAUUGUGGUGCUUAAAUUGUCAGUUCCAUUUGAUUUGUGAACAAAGAAAAGACAUGCCACUAUUAUGUACUGUAUCACUUUUUCCAUCUCCAUUAUGUGUCAAACAUUUUUUUUGCA